AUGGAAAAAUUCAGUCCAGUUACUAUCAGAGAAUCUCCUGAUAUUUUUGAUUACUCGGUCGGUAAAGCAGAAACCGCUUUGGCAUUUGGCCCUUACGUUGGUGGUGCGCCGGACCGAAAGAGACAAAGAAAAGAGGUCUCGGAAAAUCAAGAAAAACAUGUUCUAGAGGAGCUGAUUCACUCAGCCCAACAGAAUCAGAUUCAACUCACGGCACCUACCGACUCCUCCAAAGAAAUCUGUCGAUUGACUGAGGAAAUUCAAAAACUUCUUAAAAUCAUAUAUCAAACUGGACAGGUUAAAGGCCUUCCCAACAUCGGCAACACAUGUUUUGUUAACAGCGUGUUGCAAGCAUUAAUUUCAAGCGAGUUAGCUUCCAUGGAGAUAAAAGCCUGUCAGGAGUCAAGUUCUGAAUUGCUCAAUCUUUUGAGAAGCUGCUUGACAGAAAUGGGAGGAACGCAAGACAAAUUCCUGGAGAAGCAACUGAUAAAAUUGAGAGGCGUUCUUGAAGUUGAACUUCAGUGGAUUAAGAACACCUUCCAAGAUGCCACAGAACUGCUUGACCAUAUCAUUCAAUGUUGUUCAUCGUGUCCGGGUUGGCAACACAUUUCAGAUCUCUUCCAGUUCUCCCUUGUUGGAGUUUGCGGAUGGUGCAUGUGCGGAAUAAAUGACGAGUCAGAGGAAGGGCGGACUCUUAUUUUAGAAACUAAUCAUUUCUCUGAAACUGUUACUCUCAAUAAGCUCUUGCAACAGACGCUUUCAUUAAAUGUCGACCACUGCUCCGGACAUAGAAGAACUAAUGCCUCAAAGAUGUUUUUGACUGCACCAAGACUGAUUCUCAUGAGACUCACACGCAACCCUAAUGUUCCUAAAGUGAGAGUGAUGCUACCAAAUUUCAUUAGUAUUGGAAUUUUUGGCUGUGAUGAAUCGCGUUUUGAACUGUGCUCGCAGCUAUGUGUCACCAACGUGGCCACUGGUACGCUAUAAGGAAGGCAGCAAGCGGCCAAUGGUUCAAAAUGAGCGACAGUGCUGUGCAAGAGCUAACAGACGAUUUGAGAGAAGAAGCGGAAAAGGACUCGGUCAUUCUCCUUUUUGAAUUAAAGAGUCUCGAACACAACCCGAAUAUGAAGCAUGUUGCCAUUCAGACAGACAAUACAGGCCACCCGAACGCCCAACGUCUACUGGAUCUCUGGAUUUUACUUCACUCAGUCUUUCCUGACCGGCGUCAUGCAGAGGCCCCGAUUUUUGGUGCAUCGCUGGCAGUGUCUGUCUCCAGGACGUCAAACUCAAAGCCCACAGCAUUGCUGGGCACUUUGAAGAAUCGAGCGUAGUACUGCAAUGGCCUUUUCUUGGAGGGGGCGCAUUUCAACAGGCAAACAGGACUGCUAGAUGAGAGUCCGCCCAAAGUCCUCUUUGAUUAACUGCCCAUUGUUUGGCCGAAGCCUGGAAUUAGGAGGCCGAGUUCCAGCCAAGGUCCAUUUUCAGAUGCCCAGUGUAUAAAACCAGAGCUCGGCGUGGCAUCUUGAGCACCACUGGCCACUCAGAUUCAGACUCAGAUAAUAUUGAUUUCGUAUAGAUCAACAUUUGUACAGAAAUAAUCUUUGGAAUAGGUCACUGUAAUACAGCCAUAUCUCAAUAUAACUAUAAUACAGCUUACUAAAUUUAAAAUACAUUAAAAAUAUAGUUCACACAAUUUUACACAAAAAAUAUUCAUGCACGUCAUAGAACAUUUUGUCGUAGAAUAUUAAUUCCAAUUCCUUCUCAAACACUUGAUAACUAUCAAUGUUUUUUAUUCUAUCGGGAAGAUGAUUGAAAAUCAUAAUGUGAGGGGACUGCGCAGUCAGCAACAGUCUGUUUUGUUUGACAAAUAAGUCUUGCUCCGCUAUAGGUUAAUUUCGAGUACUGCGAUUCUGGUGCACCUUGCUUUCAGAAUUUUU